CUAUCCAAACGAAAGAUGUCACGUGGAAACCUUGAAUCACUCCAGAAAUUACCAACUCGCGAGUUGAAGGAGAUGUGUCGAGAUGCUAAUAUGAAGGUGUCUGGAACAAAAAGCCAACUGCUAAUGCGUCUAUGUGGCAUGGAGAAGGAAAAACCAAAGACCAGCACCAGAAUGUCAGUGAAGGCGGUAAACAAAUGGCUUGAGAAACAAGGUGUAGCCAACAUCGAAUCUGUCAGCAGAUGCCUUCGUGCAGGAAUCCAGAAGGGUUACAUUGACAUUAGUGGCGAUAGUCCUCUGGAUAAUGUCAUCGGUGUCGAUAGUUGUAAAUUCUGUGGAGAUGAUCUGAAACCGACAAUCCGUGACCUUCUCUACCAACCAGAUUAUGCCGGGGGUGACUAUGAGGAAGGUGGUGUAUAUGCAACUGUAAGAUGUUCAAACAAAGAGUGUCCUGGCGGUGGUAGUGGUGUAUACGUGACACGGUUGUGCUGCAAUGAAACCGAUUUUGACUCUGGCAAAUUUCACAACCACUGUAGAGAUUGUCCAGGCUUCGGCAAGUGCACUGGGGACUACCGUAUGCAGCACUGCGAGUCAUGUAAUAGACAUUUUCAUUCUGGGAUCAUGGGCUUCCCUUGCCCAUGUCAAGGACGACCCGACGAUAGAGAUGGAGUUGAUGAUUGUGUUCUCCAGUAGUCUAGAACAUUUUUGUUUGUGCCUCUUUUUUAUUAUCCUCAAAGCAUGCUUGUAUUACAUUUGGCAAUACAGCAGUUGCACUAAACUACAUUACUAAUAAAAUACUAAUAUUUUAAAGUCAUAGUUGUAUUCUGAUACAAAUACAGUACGUUCACGUUAAAACCAUUUCGAUUGUGAUUAUAAUACUUAUUAAAGUUUUAUGAAAGUUGAA